CUUCCAUUUUAGCUGUCAUAACUCAUAAACCCUAAAAAUCCCAUCUUUUUCAAACCUUUCGACCUCGAUUCUUAGCUAUGGAGUUCUGGGGAAUUGAAGUUAAACCAGGAAAGCCAGUUACAGUGGUAACUGAACAUGACAGACUUAUCCACGUUUCUCAGGCAUCUCUUGGAGAAUGUAAAAACAAGAAGGAAGAGACUGUGGCUGUACAUGUAAAGUUUGGCGACAAGAAACUUUUAUUGGGAACCCUUUCAACUGUGAACAUCCCUCAGAUUUUCUGUGAUUUGGUAUUCCAGAAUGAUUUUGAGAUUUCCCACAAUGGAAAUGGAAGUGUCCACUUUGUUGGAUACACAUCUCCCAACUGUGCUGAUGAAUUUGGAGAUGAUGACUUUUAUGAUUCAGAAGAAGAAGAGGAAGUGGUUGAAAAAGUUCCUGCCACCGUUACUGCUAAUGGGAAUGCUGCAAAACCAAAGGCCAAGCCUGCACAAGUGACAAAGAAUGCUAAGGCAGCUGAUGUUGAUGAAGAGGAUGACUCUGAUUCUGAAGGAAUGGAUUUUGAUGAAGACGAUGAUUCAGAGGAAGAAGAAGAGAUACCUACACCUAAGAAGGCUGUAUCAGGCAAGAAGAGAGCUAAUGAAGAAGCCCCCAAAACACCCAUGUCAUCAAAGAAGGCGAAAGUAGCUGUUACUCCUCAGAAAACAGAUGAGAAGAAGAAAGGUGGACACACCGCAACACCCCACCCGGGAAAGAAAGGUGCAAAAACCCCAACUACUGCAGCCCAGAGCCCAAAGUCAGCCAGUCAAAUCUCCUGUGGUUCAUGCAAGAAGACGUUCAACUCAGGAAAUGCACUUGAGUCUCACAACAAGGCCAAGCAUGCUGCUGCCAAGUGAAGUGUUGGUUUCAUAGAGCUUAUUAACCAUUCCUCUGUUUUGGGUUAAGAGUAUUAGUAUCAUUAUGAUAUCUUUGGAGUUUUGCCUGUAGUAGUCUUUAUGAAAACCUUCUGAUUCUCUUAUCUUUUCCGGAUAACAAGUUUUGAUUAAAGAGAGCCAAAUCGAAA